UCUAAUUUUGCUACUCUUCUUUAGCGACGCCCAAACCAUCGUCGGAAAUAUAACAACUGGCGCUUCUCUUACUGCCACCGAGAACAACAACUCUUCAGGGGUUACAGAUUUCGCCUUCGGUUUCCACCAGUUAAACACCAACCAAAACCUCUUCUUGCUCGCCAUUUGGUACGACAAAAUCCCAGAAAAAAACUCUAGUUUGGUACGCCAAUGGCGACAACCCUGCACCCCGUGGAUCGAAAUUACAACUUUACGCUGAUAAAGGGCUUGUACUUACUUCCCCCCCAAGGUGAACAGCUAUGGAGUUCAGGGAUCAGAGAUGGAGCUCUUGUUAAUGGCGGUUUAAUGGAUGAUAAUGGGAAUUUCAUGGUUUUAGGAAGCAAUUCCACGCUUUGGGAAAGCUUUAAAUUUCCUGUUGAUACUAUUUUGCCGACGCAGAUUUUGGAUAAAGGGAUGGUGGUUUCAGCUAAGCAAUCGGAGACCAGUUUUUCCAUUGGGAGAUAUAUAUUGGUGUUUCAAUGUGAUGGUAAUCUUGUUUCAACGACAAUAAACUUGCUUAGUGAUCAUCUUAAUGAGCCUUACUAUUCAACUGGUACGGCUGCUGGUGUUUCAUCGAGUCCUGGUGUCCAGUUUGUUUUCAAUGAAUCAGGGUACUUUUUGGUUUCCCGAGAAAAUGGAGAAAUUUACCUUUUGACACAGAGAAUAACAGCCUCGGCUAAAGAUUUUUAUUUCCGAGCAACUAUUGGUUUCGACGGCGUUUUUGCGCAUUAUUUGCAUCCGAAAUCGGCUUCGAAUGACAGUGAUGCGAAGUGGACUAGUGUCUGGUUCGUGCCGGAUAAUAUCUACUCGGCGAGUUUGGUCAGUGCGAGUAGUGGUGUGUGUGGUUUCAGUAGUAUUUGCAGUCUUGGUGGCGGCGGAAGGCCUACAUUUGCGUGUCCGAAGGGAUAUACAUUAAUCAAUCUGAAUGACGAAUACAGUGACUGUAAGCCGAAUUCGACUCUCAGCUGUGGUGAUGAACCAUCAGGAGUACCUGUUGAAGACUUGUAUGACUUUGAAGAGCUUAUAAACGUGGACUGGCCAUUAGCUGAUUAUGCACUCUUGGAGCCUUUUACUGAAAAUCAAUGUCGAAAUUCUUGCUUGCAUGAUUGUAUGUGCUCCGUAGCGAUCUUCAGACUUGGUGAUAAGUGUUGGAAGAAGAAGCUGCCAUUGUCGAACGGACGAGUCGAUCCUGGACUUUUAGGUAGCUUUGUAUUCAUCAACGGCAUUUUGAUUGCUGCAAUUUGUGUCGGAUUUUACUUGAUCAACCGAAAGAAACUCGAAACAUUGCCCUCAAUUGAAGGUGUUUUUGAAACGAAUUUGCGUUGCUUUACUUACAAAGAGCUUGUUCAUGCCACAACAAGCUUCCUGUUCGGUGACCCGAAACCGAGUUGGAACCAGAGGGCUCAAAUUGCUUUCGGGAUCGCAAGGGGACUCCAAUAUCUACACGAAGAAUGCAGCACACAGAUUAUUCAUUGUGACAUAAAGCCCCAGAACAUCCUGCUAGACGAGCAGAACAAUGCAAGAAUUGCAGAUUUCGGAUUGGCAAAGCUUUUGUUGUUGAAUCAGAGCCAUACCAAUACCGCCAUCCGAGGCACGAAAGGAUAUGUUGCUCCAGAAUGGUUUCGGAACCUCCCGGUAACCGUAAAAGUCGAUGUUUAUAGCUUCGGACUGCUGUUUCUAGAAAUCAUAUGUUGCAGAAGAAACGUAGACAUGGAUAGCAGCAUAAAAGAGACGACUAUAUUAACGGAAUGGGCUUACGACUGCUACUGCCAUGGCGCAUUCGACAAACUGGUCCGGAAUGAGGCCGACACCAUGAACAACAUAGGAACGGUCUAG